AUGGAUUUCUGCAAACUAGCCAGAGGCGUCCGAGGGUUGCCGGCUGUUGCUAAUAUGCUUAAACUGCGAUGGGUCGAAGAGUUAGCUCGUGAGGCGCAGCGCUGGGCCGACCAGUGUCAGCCACCUGGUACUCCUGAAAACCACGACGAGUGCCGUGAUUUAUAUUCGAUAACGGUGGGGCAAUGUGUGGCGUCAGUUAUUGGCGAAGCGCCAGGGCUGCGUUUCGAAACGAUGGUCGACAUGUGGCCAAUGCAGGGCAGGUUGUAUAAAAGAAGCCUCUCUAAUCUAACACGAACUUAUUUCAGUUCAGAUCAUACAAAUGGCUACUACGGUGACUUUGCCCAAAUGUUUUGGUCGCGGGCUUACAUGGUUGGAUGUGGACGUAGUCGAUUUAUGGUGCCGUGGUAUGGUCGUGAACGAAGCGUUGAUCGAUUGGUGUGUAAUUUCGCGCCGCGUUGGUCUGAUGCACAACGUGCGUUAUGGUCACCCGGAAAUCCAGCCAGCGCGUGCCCAUCGCGUUCAGGACCCGAUACCGAGACUACCUCACUUUGCACUUACCACUAUACUAUGGAUGAAACGUACGAUGACGAUAACAAAAUAUCACUCGAAGAACAUAUGCUUCUGAAUACGAUAUUGGAAAUCGAAAGGAACGCAUCGUUAGAUUAUAUUGGGAGUAUGGAUCAACUUUAUUUGACUAAACUUGCUGUAGCUACAAUUUACGAACACUCUGUUUCAACAUCACCAUUUUAUACUAUUAAUUCAGUACAAAAACGAAGUUAUGACCAAACCCAAGAAACGACAUCAAUAGAAAGAGAUAUAAAUUAUGAUGAUUACGAAUUUGUUGAAAUGGAAGAAGGAACCGCGACUGUAAAAACUAUAACCAAUUAUUUAAAAGAACUUUUACCUACUACUGAAUCUAAACCACGAGAAAAAGAAGACAUAUAUUUGAAUACAAAAGCAUAUAUAAAUGAAACAAAAGAUGUAUUGAUGAUGACGGACACAUUUCCUAGCACGACUUAUUCUUCGAAUAUCCCCCGCAGUAUAAAUACAGAAACGUUUGGAAUGUUUUUAAAUGACAUGGUCUUCAAUUUAUCCAUAUCAGAAAUUUUAAACGAAUCAAAAAUUGAUGCGAAUGUUCUUGACGAUUAUCUUUCCGAUCCGGAAACAGUUCACCAGUUACAAAAAGCUCUGGAUCGUAUGGAGAGAAAUUUAGCAGCAUCACCACCUUCCUUUACUUUAGGGAAGGUUCGCCGUGAGUUGAGGAACCUACAAAAUACAGAUGAGCAAACGCUACAGAAUGAAGGUCAAAAGAUUCCCGAAGAUUCGUCUGAAAUAGAAAGAAAUAAGACUGUUGAUCGAAGACCAAUGUUGAGUAUGGUUUUAAAAUAUAUGCCCUAUUUAAAACCAUUUGAAAAAAGUAUUAUAGGUGAUUCCAAUGUUAAUAGUGGUAGAGUCAUUGGAAGUGACGGGUUGGAGCGUCGCCGGUCAUCGCCCGUCCGCGGCAGUCCGGCAGUCGAAGACGCGUGGCCGCGCCUAAGUCGCGUAGGAGCGUAG